CUGAUUAUAAUAUUUAAAAAAAUCCCAAAAAUUUGAGCCCUUCUUUUCUCUCUCUCAUCAUCUCCCGUCUCCUUGCUCUGUUCUACCGCCGUCGCCGCCGUUCUCUCCUCCGCCAGAUUCACUUCUCUCCUCCACCGCCGGGACUCAUUACCUCCUCCGGUUGUAAGGUUCGAAAAGCUUUAUAUUGUUUGGUUUGAAGUUUCCGGGCACUGCUGCUUCAGCUCAAUCAAUGCUCAUUGACCUGGUAACGUUUUGGCGCAGAGUUGAGAAGCUUGCCAAGUGUAAUAAUAAUAAUAAUAAUAAUAUUAUUAUCUCAAGGAGCUUAAUAGCUGAAGAUUAGGUCUUCAAAUCAAUGUCGGAAAGUGAUUUGGCCAUCAUUAAACCAGCGAUGAUGAAAUCAUAUAUUUGGCUUGAAACAUCUGAUGGAUCAAUCCAACAAGUAGAACAAGAGGUUGCAAUGUUCUGUCCCCUGAUAUGUCACCAAGCGCUACAGAAGGGUGGUGGAUCUUCCAAGAACAAUGCAAUAUCUCUUCCACAGAAAGUCAAUCCUGCCAUGUUAAGCUUGAUUUUUGAUUACUGCAGAUUCCAUCAACUACCUGGACGUUCUAAUAAGGAACGGAAAGUUUAUGAUGAGAAAUUCAUGAGGAUGGAUACAAAGCGGCUGUGUGAGUUGACCUCAGCUGCUGACAGUUUACAGUUGAAGCCUUUGGUUGAUCUUACUAGUCGUGCGCUUGCACGGAUUAUUGAGGGGAAAACACCUGAGGAGAUUCGUGAAAUAUUUCAUUUGCCGGAUGAUCUUACUGAGGAGGAGAAGUUAGAGCCUCUGAAGAACACGAUGGAUGAUCCACGUAUACGACUUUUGAAUAGGUUGUAUGCUAAGAAAAGAAAGGAGUUGAAAGAAAGAGUAAAACUUAAGAGUAUAGAGGUUGAAGAGCGUGUGGACGAGCGUUCUGUGGAUGACCUUUUAUCGUUUAUUAAUGGCAGAGAUCACAAGGUGGUAAAUACUUCCAAGAGCAAAAAGAAGAACAAGAAAAGGAAGGAGCAUAGAAAUGGAACAUGCAAAGUUUCCAACAAGGAUUCACAUAAUUUGCAUUCUAAGCAACGAAGUGUUGAUGAGACUUCGUCCAGCUUGGGAGGAGUAUCUAACUUGCAUAAUAUUGAAGAUGAUAUAUUUUCAAAGAAGGCUGAGUUUGAAGAUGGUUAUAUAGAUGAUGAAAUUGAUCCAGCUUUGAAAGAAAUGCUUGAUAGGGAAGUAGAGGAUUUUGCUCGGAGACUGAACUCAAGUUGGGUUCUAUCGGUAGGACAAGAAAGGCAGCCUGUGCACUUUUCCAUUAACGGCAAUGGGGGCACAAGACGAUUGACAGAUACGCACACUCUCUUGGAUAUAGCUAUAGAUGACUGAUGGAAGAUUGUUUGGUUUAACUCCGUUUUGAACAUUGAAGGUCCAGCUGCAAGACACAAAUGAAGCUGAUGUUGACGCUAGCCUAAUGGCUGGAACAGUUUUGGUGGAUCUCCACAUUUAGAUUUGUAAGCAAUUAGAGAGAGUGGUGUUGCGUUUCUCCUGUAAUGUUUUUUUCCCACAGUAUGUUUUCUUUUUGUUUCUUCUUGGUUAAUCCUAUAGAGUUUAGGAUGCAGUUUUGCUUUUCUUUUUUGAUCAACCUUUGUAUACCACUUUUAAUUCAGAACGGCUGAGAGAAUCAACUAGUUAGUUACAUUUUCUGUACUUUCUUAAACUAAAGAAUAAUAAUAUGAAGUUUCUUUAAGUCA